AUGUCUUCUUCUUCCCCUGAAAUUGUCCUCACCAGCUCUCCCGACGGCCCCAUUGUUGCCUAUGAUGCUUCCUCAGGCACCAUUGUAGCACAGUUCACUGGCAGCCGCUCGCCGCGUAGAGGCCUCACUGUUGUUGGAAAGGAUUUUGGAAAGAAGUAUAUAGCUGCCUCACACAUAUCCCCAACCACGGCUUCUGGUUCAAUCCACCUUUACAACUGGUGGUCUUCGACUGCAUUUCACAACCUCCCUGUCCCCGAACCGGUUGCACCACUAGCUGCCUCAUUUGAUGGAUUGUACCUCUUUGCUGGUGGCAUAUCAGGCAGUUUGCAUACACUUUCAGUCCCAUCAGGGAAUGUGCUCAAAUCACUGCCUGCACAUAACAAGCCUGUAACCUGCCUUGGUGUCAAUCAUGAUGAGUCUCUUUUGAUCUCAGGCAGUGAUGAUGGAACCAUUGCUAUUGUCCCUAUCUUUCAGCUUGUAGGGGACUCAGGAUGCGAGAACGUUGAAGACUUGAUAUUGCAUAAGUUUGCUGCUCAUUCUGAUUCUGUUACUGCCAUUGUUUCUGGUACAGGAUUAUGCUACUCCCAGAUUAUAUCAUGCUCAACUGAUUCCACAUGUAAGUUCUGGAGUCUCCGGCGGGGGACUCACCUGCGUACGGUUGUGUUUCCGUGCACGAUUUCUGGGAUUGCAUUGCACCCCACAGAGCCCGAGUUCUAUGCUGCAGGGUCAGAUGGAUCGGUACACAUAGGGUCCUUUAUGAUUGGAAGCAGAAAACUUGUGAUCCAAGGCAAUGAAUUGAUGACAUUGCCUCAUACACACAGCAGUGCAGUUGUAUCUGUCGUGAUGCUGAACGAGGGAAGGAACUUAGUUUCGGCUUCAGAAGAUGGGAGUGUUUGGAUUUGGGAAGUUGGUGUAGGUCAGGUGAUUAUGGCUCUUGGAAAUGAGAUGGCAAGCAUUAGUGAUUUGGUGUCAGCCACAGGCAUAAGUUAUAACAAAGGACAUAGUUCUGACGUGGGUAAAAGUAGUGCCAAGGAAUCUGCGAAGUGUGAUGACAUUGGGUUUUCUUGCGAGGAACUGAUCAUGAGUAUGCCUGCAAGGCAAAUGAUAGAAAUGGAGGAUUUGUUGAAAGUGGCAGCAAAAGAUAGGAGCAGAGCCAUCGAUACGCUAGAAUCUGCUAUUGCAAUAUAUGAGAAGCUCUUGGAACUCAUUCUCAAGGAAGCUAAGAAAGGCACUCAACAGCAGUAA